ACUAUGCGUCUCGAUGAACGGAAGCAAAAGGAAAUCGAAACGAAACGAAAAGAGAUAAUGACACGCGGUCUUCCGAAACAAAGACCCUUAAAAGGCGUUAAACAGAUCGUUGUUGUUUCUUCGGGGAAGGGAGGUGUUGGAAAAUCUACAACCGCAGUGAAUUUAACAACUGCUCUAAAAAUUCUUGAACCACAAAAGUCUGUCGGUUUACUUGAUGCCGACAUAUUUGGACCAUCUGUACCCUUAAUGAUGAAUGUACAACAAUCUCCUGUAGUUAAUAAGGCCAAUCUCAUAGAACCAGUUGUAAAUUAUGGGGUGAAAUGCAUGUCUAUGGGCUUAUUAAUUGACGAUAAAUCUCCUGUAAUUUGGAGAGGCUUGAUGGUUAUGAGUGCAAUCGAAAAACUUUUAUACCAAGUAGCAUGGGAUCCCUUGGAUUAUCUUGUUAUUGAUACUCCACCAGGAACAGGAGAUACACAUCUUUCAUUAAUACAGAAUCUCCCAAUUACCGGAGCACUGUUAGUAACUACACCUCAGAAGGCAGCUUUGGAUGUCACUAGAAGGGGAGCCAAUAUGUUUAAACGAUUGAAUGUUCCAAUUGCUGGAAUUGUAGAAAACAUGAACAGCCUGAUGUGUCCCAAGUGCAACAAUGAAAUAACUCUUUAUGGCAGUGGAGUUAAAACUAUGGCUAAAGAACUUGAUAUACAAGUCUUGCAAACAGUACCUCUUUCCAAAGACAUUGCAGAAAGUUGUGACACUGGCAAACCAAUUGUGUUGUCUGCUCCAGACAGUAUUCAAGCCCAUGCAUACACAAAUUUGGCAAAAUCCAUUAUUUUGUUCUUAGCCAAUCAACCAGUACAAAAAGUAUGAUAUUAUCUUUAAAAGGUAUUGAUAAUUUCAUUUUCACCUUAUGUCAUUCAAAAAUAUCUGUACAACUUACAGAUUACAGAUAUUC